GUCACCGCGCAUCCAGGAGCCACGUGUCAGGAGUCACGUGUCAGGUGUCACGUGUCAGACGUCACGUGGCUGGAGGCCGUUGGAACGCCUGCGCAGCUUUUCCGCACGCGCCACGCCGGCGCGCCGCUCUCCCAGCGUACCUAGAGCUAUCUUCUCGCCAGUACGAUGCUGCAGCGGUUUUCCGCUUCCCUUCAUCGUAGCUCCCGUACUCAUUUUUAGCCACUGCUGCCGGUUUUUAUAUCCUUCUCCAUCAUGCAUCGUGAGCCUGCGAAAAAGAAGGCAGAAAAGCGGCUGUUUGACGCCUCGUCCUUCGGGAAGGACCUUCUGGCCGGCGGAGUCGCGGCAGCUGUGUCCAAGACAGCGGUGGCGCCCAUCGAGCGGGUGAAGCUGCUGCUGCAGGUGCAGGCGUCGUCGAAGCAGAUCAGCCCCGAGGCGCGGUACAAAGGCAUGGUGGACUGCCUGGUGCGAAUUCCUCGCGAGCAGGGUUUCUUCAGUUUUUGGCGUGGCAAUUUGGCAAAUGUUAUUCGGUAUUUUCCAACACAAGCUCUAAACUUUGCUUUUAAGGACAAAUACAAGCAGCUAUUCAUGUCUGGAGUUAAUAAAGAAAAACAGUUCUGGAGGUGGUUUUUGGCAAACCUGGCUUCUGGUGGAGCUGCUGGGGCAACAUCCUUAUGUGUAGUAUAUCCUCUAGAUUUUGCCCGAACCCGAUUAGGUGUCGAUAUUGGAAAAGGUCCUGAGGAGCGACAAUUCAAGGGUUUAGGUGACUGUAUUAUGAAAAUAGCAAAAUCAGAUGGAAUUGCUGGUUUAUACCAAGGGUUUGGUGUUUCAGUACAGGGCAUCAUUAUGUACCGAGCCUCUUAUUUUGGAGCUUAUGACACAGUUAAGGGUUUAUUACCAAAGCCAAAGAAAACUCCAUUUCUUGUCUCCUUUUUCAUUGCUCAAGUUGUGACUACAUGCUCUGGAAUACUUUCUUAUCCCUUUGACACAGUUAGAAGACGUAUGAUGAUGCAGUUGACCAUCCCAAAUCUGAAAAUCCUAAAUCCAGAACACCCCAAAAUUCAAAAUGUUUUGAGCACCAACGUGAUGCUCAAGGGAAAUGCCCAUUGGAGCUUUUCGGAUUUCAGGUGCUCAGCUGAGUGGUGAGGCUAAACGGCAAUAUGAAGGAACCUUAGACUGCUUUGUGAAGAUAUACCAACAUGAAGGAAUCAGUUCCUUUUUUCGUGGCGCCUUCUCCAAUGUUCUUCGCGGUACAGGGGGUGCUUUGGUGUUGGUAUUAUAUGAUAAAAUUAAAGAAUUCUUUCAUAUUGAUAUUGGUGGUAGGUAAUCGGGAGAGUAAAUUAAGAAAUACAUGGAUUUAACUUGUUAAACAUACAAAUUACAUAGCUUCCAUUUGCAUACAUUUUGAUAGUGUUAUUGUCUGUAUUUUGUUAAAGUGCUAGUUCUGCAAUAAAGCACACAUUUUUUCAAGAAUUUAAAUACUAAAAAUCAGAUAAAUGUGGAUUUUCCUCCCACUUAGACUAAAACACAUUUUAGUGUGAUAUUUCAUUUAUUAUAGGUAGUGUAUUUUAAUUUGUUAGUUUAAAAUUCUUUUUAUGAUUAAAAAUUAAUCAUAUAAUCCUAGAUUAAUGCUGAAAUCUAGGAAAUGAAAGUAUCAUCUUUUAAAUUGCUAUUCAUUUAAUAUACCUGUUUUCCCAUCUUUUGAAGUCAUAUGGUAUGACAUAUUUCUUAAAAGCUUAUCAAUAGAUGUCAUCAUAUCUGUAGGCACAAAUAAGCUUUGUUCUAUAUCUCUUCUAAGACAGUUGUUAUUACUGUGUAUAAUAUUUACAGUAUCAGCCUUUGAUUAUAGAUGUGAUCAUUUAAAAUUUGAUAAUGACUUUAGUGACAUUAUAAAACUGAAACUGGAAAAUAAAAUGGCUUAUCUGCUGAUGUUUAUCUUUAAAAUAAAUAAAAUCUUGCUAGUGUGAAUAUAUCUUAGAACAAAAGGUAUCCUCUGGAAAAUUAGUUUGUAUAUUUUGUUGACAAUAAAGGAAGCUUAACUGUUAUAAA